AUGGAAGGCUUUUGCGACUUUUGUUUGGCUGUGCUCAAGCUCAUUGGCACCCUUCCGCAGCCUUCAUUUAAUGUAUGUCGCGAGGCCAACGGCACCUUUCUUCUAAGCGAAGGUCCUUGCAGCCUUUGCAGUCUGAUUGCAGGAUUCUGUAGGCAAAAGGGGAUCUAUGAAGAGUCCGCGCUUCUGCGCGGCAACUCGCGAGAUAACGUCACCUCUCUGUACUUCGAUGGGCAGCCGCUGUCAUGGAUCAGGUGUAGGCAGACAAUUGGUGGGCAGAAUCUGGAAGAUAAUGAAGUUGAUCUCCCUCAACGUGUUCUUGCUCUCGUGGGGGAAAGUCCCGACUUCCGGGUCAAGCUCGUGGAAGGAAAUGGGACGCGAGACCGCUACUGUGCUCUGAGUCAUUGUUGGGGCACCGGAAACAACUUGCCUCUACGUACACUCAGAUCCAACCUACACGACCAUUUCGCCGAUAUCCCUUUUGAGAAAUUGCCCCGGUCGUUUCAAGAUGCUUUACGUGUCACUCGGGCGGUGGGCAUGAAGUAUGUCUGGAUUGAUUCACUGUGCAUUAUUCAAGAUGACCCAAAUGACUGGGAACGUGAAGCAAAGACUAUAGGCUCACUAUACGAAAAAGCCACCAUGAUCAUCGCAGCGGCGGGCGCUCGAGAUUCGACGGAAGGUUGUUUCCAGGUCAUCCGACCUGGGUUGUCCAUUAUUGAAGUGCCUUAUGUUGAUGAAAUGGGAGAAAUUACAGGUUCUUUCAACGUUACCAUGCUACCCUCAGAAGAUGUGUCUCCCGCUUUUGGGCCGCUAUAUUUUCGUGGAUGGGCUUGCCAAGAAUGGAAUAUGUCUCGGCGAACGUUGUUCUUCAUGCCAGUGGUACACCACACCAACUGGGAGGAAUUCUUAUAUCACUAUACCGAGUGUUUCCUUACAUUUCCAUCAGACCGACUCGCGGCAAUCGAGGGCAUAGCCACUGCUAGAGCGAAAGCUUGCAACGAGAAGUAUAUGUUUGGCACCUGGGAAGGCAAUCCGUUCCAGCUGCUUUGGCGUGUACGAGCGCCUGGGGAGGCUAACGAGACCCUGGCUGGUGUCCCAUCUUGGAGCUGGGCUGCCACUGGCGGAUCAAAGUUCUGGCCAUUUCGUGGUCAUCUAGGCACAGACAGUGAUGCUGUACACAUGUGCAAAUCUCUAAAAUUCGGUGAUUUGGGCAACUUGAUUGGUGAGGGCCUAUUUAUCGCAGCCAAUGUUGAGAAAUGCCUGAUCAGACUCUGCUGCUUUGACAACUCAGUCCUGACAGACAUCUACAACUUUAAUGCUGAAAGAAGCAGUACGGACGAGAGCAGUACGGGCUUCUCGUUUUGGGCAGAAUUUGAUCACAGGUGGCACUUUCGGAUAGGGGAGCCUACACCUCUUCACUUAAUGUUCAGUCAAGGCAACCAUAGGAAGGCAAUUGGCCUCGCUACUUUUGAUGGAAAAUCCGCCUCGAAUGUCACCUGCCUUCUGCUGGCAUCAAAGCCAAGAUGGGACCCCAGCAUGAAACUGGAUCGGGAUGAACUUUGGAAUCGCAUGCAACAUGCGUGGAACACGCUACGGAAAUGUAAAGAUGAUGAUUGUAUCAACUUGCUGGAGAUCUGCCGUGGUGACAUGGUGUAUUGGGCCCUCUUGCUCGAGCCAGUGGAAGAACAACCAAAUACAUUCAAGCGAAUCGGGAUGGCGCUGCUGUAUCCUGAGUUCCGUAACUCUGUGGAAGCAGCUGAAAGGGCGUUCAAGGUCAUCUGA